ACCGGAAACAGUUCCUGAUCUGUCCAGCCGUAGAAAAUAAAGUUUAACGCAGUAGCGGCGCUUUAGGAGAGACGGUGUUUAUUCAGGAUGUCUUAUUGCUCGUAUUUUCUAUAAAUAUAUACAGUCUAGCUGCUCUGUAAUGACAUUUGCACGUUUCUUUUAGCUUUAAGGAAGAGUUAAUGUUAGUUAAUAUCGCCUGGUGCAGCCCUUUUUGGCUGUAAAUCGAGUUUUUGUUUACAUGAAAUUUGCUUGUUUUAACAGUUGCUAUCUUUUUUGACCAUUAAAUGGAUGAACACAAGGAGAACAUUCAAAGAACAGACGUAAAUGUGAAAAUGUCAGAGGAAAAAGAAGAUGAAAAGACGAAACCCCGCAGCAGAAUAUGUCCCGAUGACGAAACAGCUCCGGAGACGUCUCAGUCCAACAAAGACUUCAGUCACCCGGUUUACAAAGAGAUCGCUCUGGCUAACGGCCACAUCAACCGCAUGUCCAAAGACGAGCUGCGGGUCAAACUGUCGGAGCUAAAGCUUGACACCAGAGGCGUAAAGGACGUGAUGAAGAAGAGGUUGAAGAACCACUACAAGAAGCAGAAGCUGCUGCAGUCAGCCGCAGAGGGAGGGCCCACCGAUACCUACUACGACUACAUCUGCGUGGUGGACUUUGAGGCCACGUGCGAGGAGGAUAAUCCCUCAGACUUCCUGCAUGAGAUCAUCGAGUUCCCCAUGGUCCUCAUCAACACGCACACCUUACAAAUCGUGGACACUUUUCAGGCGUACGUGAAACCAGAGGUGAACCCGCAGCUUUCCGACUUCUGCGUAAAGCUAACAGGAAUCACACAGGAGACGGUGGACGGAGCGGAUCCGUUUCCAGACGUCCUUCACCGAGUAGUGGAAUGGCUGCAGGAGAGGGAACUCGGGACGAAAUACAAAUACGCCAUGCUGACCGACGGGGCGUGGGACAUGAGCAAGUUCCUCAACAUCCAGUGUCGGAUCAGCCGGAUCCGAUAUCCUCAGUUUGCAAAGAAAUGGAUAAAUAUAAGAAAGUCUUACUGCAAUUUCUACAAGGUCCCACGCACGCAGACGAAGCUGAGCACCAUGUUGGAGAAGCUCGGCAUGAAAUACGAAGGCCGGCCUCACUGCGGCCUGGACGACUCCCACAACAUCGCCCGGAUAGCCGUGCGCAUGCUGCAGGACGGCUGCCAGCUGCGCGUCAACGAGCGCAUGCACGGCGGCCAGCUGCUCUCGGUUCCCAGCUCGGCGCCGGUGGAGGGAGCGCCGCCGCCCCGUAACCCCGGCAACAGAGAGUAGAGCCAGGAACUUUAAUGAACCAGCCUUAAAAUCUGUCUUCGCCCGCAUCACUUACAGAAAGAGAAAAGCACUUUAAUUUAAGCUUAAAGCUGUAAGGAGAGUUUAAUAUUUCAGUUUGUGCAGACUUUGCUUCAAGGAGUCCAGCGAUUUAGGGCGACAUAUUGAAAAUAAUAAUAAAAAAAAUUUACAAGACUUUUUUGUUGAAUUAUUAUGACUUCAUUUUCAAAACAUAACUUAUUUCUCAUAUUAUUUUGACUUUUCUGAUAAUAUAACUUUAUCCUCAAAAUACGAUUAUUCUCGUAUUUCUUUGACUUUAUCUUUGAAACAUGACUAUUCUUGUAUUAUGAAUUUAUUCUUGAAGUAUUAUGACUAUUCUCAAAAUACGACUUUAUUUUCAUUAUUUCGACUCUUUUUGUGACACCUUCUCUUCACUUUACAGCCGAGUUUAUUGUAAAUAAAUCUCUUUAAAGCAAAAGCAAAAUUGAUUUAGAGUAGGAUUAUGAAAUGGCCAGUAUAAAUAUGCCAAUGUUUUCUGUUGCAUUUCAGUGUUUAUUUGUCUCUGUUUCAAUUUGAAACGGUUUGCUCUUGUUCAGAUUUUAUGUCUUUUUGUAUCUUUACACUCCAAAUGCUCCUUUGAUUAUUAGCAAGGAAGAAAGAUAACUAUUGGCCGUCAAUGUAAAGUUUGUAAUUUUUUAAUGUAUUCUCAUAAAGUACAGUUUAGAAAAUGUGAAGUUCAGUGUUUUUCAGAUGGUUUGGUGAAUUAAUUUGAAGAGAAAUAGGACCUUUGAGAGAAACUCUGGACUCAAGUGAUGAGAUAAAUCUGCUAAAUUGGAACAUUUGAAGGCCAAACACCUGGCUGAUGUUCCUAAAAAGAAUGAAAUCAAAAGAAAUCUUCCUAAUAGAAACACAGCAAUGG